GACAGACUUGUUUGGAGCCAAGAGCCAGUCACGUGCCAGUUUCGAUGACCGUGCCAGUGACGUAUCAACCCGGCGACCAAUCAGCUCACGGACGCGGCCGGGUUUGUUAGCUAGCUUCCGUGUUGUUCCCACAGUGUCGGGGAGGUUUUCGUUCAGCUAAGGACUCUGUCGACAAGUCAGCGGCCAAACAGCAGUCUAUGAUGACAGACGGAGUCCUCACGCGUGUGGGCUUUGGCUGGAGCACUCAAGGAAACCUCACGUCCCUUUGCCCGAAUGGGUCCAAAUGGGUUUGGGAAGGGCUCGGGGAAUGUGCGCAGGACGCGAGGGAUAUGGCCAGCGUCUACCUUGGCCUCCUGUCCAUCCUCUGCUUCAUGGUGUCUUCUCUGCCGCAGUACUACAGCUCAUGUAAAUCAGGGAACAUGGACAGGGCCCUCUCCAUCUGGUUCCUGCUCCUGUGGUUGGCAGGUGACUCCUGUAACCUGGUGGGAUCUUUCUUGGCAAACCAGCUCCCGCUUCAGACAUAUACAGCCGUUUAUUAUGUUUUUGCUGACCUUUUGAUGCUGGGCAUGUACUUGUACUACAAGAUGUGGAACAGGAUGUUAGAAAACAGGAGGGUUUUGCACGUGGUGGGUGUUGUCUGUGUCCUUGGCUUCACCACAAGCCUUGUCCACCUCCCCGGAUUAGGCCACUUGCCUGAAGUUGUUCCGUCUGGGUUCAGAGGUCGCGCCUUGCUUUCAGUGUCCGAUGUUAGUCACAUCAAGGCUUUUAGCUCCAGGGAAAUUAUCGGUUUCUCCAUCGGCUCGGUGUCGUCAGUUCUCUACCUCUUUUCCAGACUUCCCCAAAUGUACACUAAUUUCAAGAGGAAGUCGACAGAGGGAGUGUCUUUCUUCCUGUUCGCGUUGGUCAUCCUGGGAAACACCACAUAUGGCCUGAGUGUCCUGCUGAAGAACCCAGAUGACGGGCAGGGUGAAAAAAGCUACAUGAUCCACCACUUGCCCUGGCUCAUCGGCAGCCUCGGCACCCUCUCCUUGGACCUCUUUAUCUCCCUCCAGUUCUUCAUGUACCGCAAAGCCAAGUGGGGAGUGGCUGUCCGCCACGGAGAGACGACCCCUCUGAUUGGGAGCUAAGCCGAGCGUGCACCGGCGGGACAGGAACAGACGCUCUCCUCCAGUCAAUCCUCCAAAUCAUACAUAGAAUCGAGAUGAAAGAACAGUGUAGUGUGAUUUUUUUAGUGUCAGCCUUUUGUGUUUACAGUCUUUUGUGCUACUUUUGUGUUUACAGUAUUUUUCUUAUCAAUACAAGUACUGUGGAGGAUCAAGUCCUCCACUUGGGUUCAGUGGCAGGGAUUUAUGGUUCACAAUUCUCCGCCUGGCCGGUUGAAGGUUUCGGGUGUCGGAAAUGGAUAAACUCCUCCUGUCAAGCCCAAACCCUCCUUCAUUUGAGGUCACAACCUCAAUAUGAUUUCAGACCUAAUAAUGACGCAGAAUUGUACUGUCCGGGGUGACCAGACCACACAGAGGCUUCUCUCAAAACAUCCUGGGGUUUUUAAGUUGCCAAACUUUAACCAUGUGACCCCCAGUUUCCUCCUGUUGCCAUGUUGUGUCCCACCGCAAAAGGAGAAAAUCUUUGGCGGUUGGUUCAAAGUGUAAAUUGUAUUUAGCCAGUUUUCAAUUGAUGCUUACACCAAGUGCUUUAAUCACAUUUUUUGGAGAAAAAAUUUCAUUUGUAAUUUUAUUACAACUUGACUAGUUUGGUUUGCACUGGUAACGAGUUAAAUCACUUUUCACUACAGUGUUUUGUUUAGACAUUUUUUUAAAAUAUUCAGUUUUGCACAUCAAAAGUUUUGUACUUGUGUAAAAAUUGAAUCUGUUAUGUUGUACUGUAAAUAUUAAACAAUAGUCAUUCUCUGUUUU